UCGCGUUUGUGAGAAGUUGAACGUACGGCGUUCGUGAGUGGUCGGGGCCAAUUUCAUGGAUCAUUCAAAUGUUUUUCCCUUUAUAAAAAAGAUUACCAACCAAAAUGUUCAUGUGUUGUAUAUUGCUUGUGACUGGUGUUCAGCUGCUGUUCCCUUAUCAUAAAAAUGACAUCGAUUUUUGGCUGGUAACCCGUUUUUCCUGAAAAGCCAAUACUGUGCUAAGCAAAUGUUUGUGCAUAGCAGCUCCAUGAAAUUGGCCCUGCCCACUCACAAACACGACGUUCGAACUCACUCACACGACGUUUGCCUGUCCUCUUUAGAACACCACACUAUGCAUAUGGGUCCACUCUUUGUAGUGUUGGCCUACAUGAACAUGAAACAUCCACUAUUUACCGCAUGACAUAUCCGGCUCGUAAUUCUGUAUCCAUCGACAGACAUGAUGUGAAAGUAGCCUUGUAGUCAGAGUUUCUGAAUCGGCAUAGAGCAAGUCCUGGGCCGUAGAUGACAACUGAAGGAGAGUUUAGGUUCUAAACGGAAGCAGAAAACUGAUGACAAAUGGCAGUUUCAGUUUGCAAUGCAGUCCUUGUCAGACGGAUUGUCGUCUUGGGCAUCUUUUUUCUCUCUGCCUACCUGCUAAUCCGUGUAUGCAAAACGCACCAAUAUCUCAAUGUUCAAUGGCUGGAAGUGAGCACUUUAAAAAAUGCUCCAUCAUCAUUACGGUGUAGCGUGGCCGAUAUUGAGAAACGACCAACCACAGUCGUGCUGGCCACGACAAACGCUGCGUUCCUCGCUCUGACUGAGAAUAUGCUGGAAAGCAUUAAGAGAACCGGAGCGUGCCCCAACAUUACGGUCAUAGCUGAAGAUGAACCGUCUUACCAAUACCUGACCAAAAGGAAGAAUUCCCAACCAGGGCUGCAUGUGCAAAAAACACAUUUUGAGAUCACGUUGUCUGAGCAUCUGGUGAUAAAUUCACCUAUGUAUAACCAAUUCGUUAAUAGGCGCCCUGGUUACAUUCUUGAAUUUUUGGAAAAAGGUUACGACGUACUGUUUGUGGAUUCGGAUACAUUCUGGUUCAAAGAUCCAUUCAAAGAUUUUCAUGGAAACUUUGAUAUUGCAAUGCAUAACGAGAAAUCCUACCCGAACAUUGCAUUCUGUGACGGCCUUGCCUUUUACCGGUGCACAGAAAACACCUUUCAGUUUGUAAAGGCAUGGGUUUUUCUACUGGAGAUCAACAAAAGGAAUAAAAUGACAACAGACCAGAGCAUAAUGAAUGGUUUGAUUGCCCAAGAGCACAUUCCUGGCCUACGGAUCAAAGUACUUGACCCUGACAGUUAUCCAGACGGAAAAUUAUAUUUUCUUACGAAAGACUGGAGGGAGAAACAUAAGAAACCAACUGUUUUACAUCUGAGUUUUAUCCUUGGUAAUAGCGCGAAAAUCAACAAGUUACGGAAGGUUGGUUUGUGGUUGACGUAGACAAAGGUUAUAGUUUUGGACUGAGGCGGAUUUGCAUGGGAUCAGUGUGCACACUGACGUGUAUAUAGUUUCCCAUUAAGUGCUUUUGCAACACUUUCCAACAGAUGCUGGGCUGAAAAAAAUGAAUGUGAUUGGUAUCCAAAUCGGGUUUAGUAUUAACUUUAGAGACGGCAGCUCUGUGUUUGAAUUCAAAUGGACACUGAAUCACUGAGGGUUUGUUACAUUAUCACUACACUGUAGUAUCGUUGUUGUUUUACUGUAAACAAUUCCUGUACCUUUGAAGAAAUGAUACCGGAGAACGCUUCUCCAGGCCAACCGAGUCAAAACUCAAAUACUCUGGGCGUCCCAAAUGAUGAUUUGGGGCCGUAAUUUACUGCGGUUAGAGCUUGGAAGGUGUUGUUGUACAGGUGUAUGUUAUUGCAUCAGAACACGAAAGCACACUAGAUCCAUAAUGAAUCACGAACGUCAUGCAGCAUCAGAUUAUUUAACAUUCUUGCCGUCCAACUGCUGCCUUAACACUUUUGAUGGUAGCGAGCGGUUCAGGGAAAGUUUUUAUCCUUCUGCAGUACGUGUAUAUGAGGAGUCUUAUUGGGUUUGUUUCUUUUUAAUUUAUUUUGUAAUUGAUAAGAUAUUUUAACCCUUUUAUGUUAUGUGAAAUUUUACCUUUAAGAGCUCAAGGAAGAAGCAAAUUACCAAUGUCAAGUUUUUUUACAUUUUACAUUGGUUGAAUAAACGAUAACAAUAAAGGAAGUAAUGAUUACAAGG